ACAAGGCAAAUACUCAACUACUAGUAGUGAAACAUUCUCCUAAUCUAGUCCCCAAAAUGUGUAUUGGAAAAGGAGAAUUCACCGUGAAAGUUACCAACAAAGAAAUAGUGGCUGCUGCUCUGCCAAUGCAAGAGCACUGGCUUCCACUAUCAAACCUUGAUUUAAUUCUUCCCCCAGUUGAUGUUGGUGUGUUCUUCUGUUACAAAAAUCCUAUAAUUACUACUGCCACCCACCAUAGCAUUGUGGGAUGUUUGAAAAAUUCUUUAACUGAGGCUCUUGUUUCUUAUUAUGCCUUUGCUGGUGAAGUGAUGACUAACUCCAUGGGUGAACCUGAGUUACUUUGCAACAAUCGUGGAGUGGAUUUUGUUGAAGCUUUUGCUGAUGUUGAGUUACAAUCUCUCAAUUUGUAUAAUCCAGAUGAAACUGUUGAAGGGAAACUUGUUCCAAAGAAGAAACAUGGUGUGCUUGCUGUUCAGGCAACUUGGAUGAAAUGUGGUGGUUUAGUAGUGGCUUGCACUUUUGACCAUCGUAUAGCUGAUGCCUAUUCUGCAAACAUGUUCCUUGUAUCAUGGGCCGAGAUAGCUCGGCCCAAUGAUAACAAGUCUUUGAUCCCAACAACGCAACCUUGUUUUCGACGGUCACUUCUGACCCCACGACGCCCACCUUCCAUCCAUCCUUCAAUUUAUGACAUGUAUGUCCCCAUCUCUGAUCUACCUCCACCACCAGAACCUGAAUCUGAUAUUAAAACCGACCCAAUAAUAAGUCGCAUAUACUAUGUAACAAGCAAAGAACUCAACAACAUGCAGUCACUAGCCAACUCAAACAAUAAUGGUGGUAGUUCCAAGCGCUCAAAACUCGAGUCCUUUUCUGCUUUCUUGUGGAAAAUGGUUGCCGAAGCGGCUUCAAUCAAUAAUGAAAAUAUUGUUGCAAAAAUGGGGCUUGUGGUUGACGGAAGAAAGAGGCUAAGCAACGGUGACAAAAACAAAGAAGAGCUUAUGAAUUCAUAUUUUGGGAAUGUGCUUUCGAUUCCCUAUGGUGGUAGAUUAGCAGAAGAGCUGGUUGAUAAUCCGCUAUGUUGGGUGGCUGAUCGAGUUCAUGAGUUUUUGGAGGCAGCAGUGACAGAGGAGCAUUUCUUGGGUCUAAUUGAUUGGGUGGAAGAGCAUCGACCAGUUCCUGGAUUGGCUAGGAUUUAUUGUGGCAGCACUGGUGGAGAAGAAGGACCAACAUUUGUUGUAUCUUCAGGGCAGAGGUUUCCAGAGUCGAAGGUUGAUUUUGGAUGGGGGAAGCCUGUGUUUGGAUCUUAUCAUUUUCCUUGGGGAGGUAGUGCUGGCUAUGUUAUGCCAAUGCCAAGCCCUAAAAGGAAUGGUGAUUGGUUGCUCUACAUGCACCUUCCUAAGGGACACUUGCACUUCAUGGAGGCUCAAGCUCCCCAUUUCUUUAGACCAAUCUCUUGGGAUUACCUCAUCAAUUAAAGUUUGUGCUACUAAAUUCAUUUGUUUGUUUAUUGUAUUAUUCCUACAUCCACAUGGGUUCAUCAUAUAGUAACUAUAAUAAAUUUGCAUUAUGCUAUUAAUUUGCUUUGAAUUUAAGAUGAAUGAUAAUGUAAUGUUCCUUGCUAAGGUUGUAAAAUAUUUAUCAAAAAUCCGAUCUUCACCCUCUCUA